GAAUGGUUCACUUCAUCCGCAAAGUUAAAGAGUAGACAUUGUCGUAGGACUUAGGAGUAUUAACGAGGCGUGACUAGGCUGAACUCGGUUAUUCUAUUCUCAGAUUCUCCCUCCCCGCUUCAUUGGUAAUGGCCUGAAAACUGAAGCUGAGCCUCCUCCCUCUUCAAAUCUGCAAAUGGAAGCGGUCCCAAGUUUAAUGCCGUCGACCCAAUUUCAGUCACUUGUAUUGUACCAGGGUGCCAAGAGUAUUGGAUUCUCCAAAUCCUUUCUCAUCCAACGCUCCCUCUCUUACUAUUCCAUUUUUGGCAGCCGCUUUGCUUCUCGCAAACUUCUCGGGCUUCACCGCCGCCCUCUGCCUUGUGUCGCUGAAUCCAGCACUGAUCACCACCCCCACAGCGAUCGAAGCCAGCACGAUCAUCACGGUCAUCGCCACCAACACAGCGAUCAAACUCACCACGACCAUCACGGCUGUCACCACCACUCACACGGCAACAAUUGUGCGAAUCUUACUGGACCUCAAAAAGCUAUUCUCGGGUUCGCCAAAGUCACCAGAUGGAUAGACUUGGCAGAUUUUUUAAGGGAGCAUUUGCAAUUAUGCUGCUUUUCAGCGGCUUUAUUCGUGGCUGCUGCCAUUUGCCCCCAUACCUUGCCUAAGCCCGUCAUCAAGCCUGUUCAAAAUGCUCUCAUUUUCAUUGCUUUUCCUUUAGUUGGGGUUCCUGCAUCACUAGAUGCUCUUGUUGAAAUUGGCAGUGGAAAAGUAAAUAUCCACGUGCUGAUGGCUCUGGCAGCCUUUGCGUCCAUAUUCAUGGGAAAUUCUUUGGAGGGAGGAUUACUUCUAGCCAUGUUUAAUCUGGCUCACAUAGCUGAGGAGUACUUCACCAGCCGUUCUAUGAUUGAUGUUAAAGAGUUGAAGGACAAUAAUCCAGAUUUUGCCCUUGUGCUGGAAACUGACAGUGAUGAUAAACUUCCCAAUACCUUUGACUUGGCAUACAAGAGGGUUCCUGUGCAUGAUGUGACAGUAGGCUCAUUUAUCUUGGUUGGAGCUGGUGAGUCUGUGCCUGUAGAUUGUGAAGUUUUCAAAGGCAGUGCUACAAUUACCAUUGAGCAUCUGACUGGAGAAGUCAAACCUUUGGAGGCUAGAGUUGGAGACAGAGUUCCUGGAGGUGCGAGGAAUUUAGAUGGGAGAAUAAUUAUAAAGGCAUCAAAGACUUGGAAGGAAUCAACACUUAACAGGAUUGUGCAGUUGACUGAAGAAGCACAAUUGAAUAGACCAAAGCUUCAAAGGUGGCUGGAUGAAUUUGGUGAGCAAUACAGCAAAGUUGUUGUGGUGUUAUCCGUUGCUAUUGCUGUCAUUGGGCCACUUAUAUUCAAGUGGCCAUUUAUUAGUACCUCAGCUUGCAGGGGUUCAAUUUAUAGAGCCCUGGGCCUCAUGGUGGCUGCAUCUCCAUGUGCCUUGGCCGUAGCUCCAUUGGCAUAUGCUACAGCAAUCAGCUCCUGCGCAAAAAAGGGGAUAUUGCUAAAAGGUGGACAUGUUCUGGAUGCACUAUCUUCUUGCCGUACAAUUGCAUUUGACAAAACAGGGACACUGACAACUGGUGGCCUUGUAUUUAAGGCAAUUGAACCAAUUUAUGGUCAUAUGGUUAGAAAUAACAUAACAAAAAUUUCUUCCUGUUGUAUUCCUAGCUGUGAAAAAGAAGCUCUAGCUGUUGCCGCUGCCAUGGAAAAGGGUACCACUCACCCCAUUGGAAGGGCAGUUGUUGAUCACAGUGAGGGGAAAGACCUCCCGUCUGUUUCUGUUGAAAGUUUUGAGUAUUUUCCUGGUAGAGGACUUGUUGCCACUCUCAACAGCAUUGAGUCAGAAAGUGGAGGAGCCAAACUCUUGAAAGCCUCACUUGGAUCUGUAGAUUUCAUCACCUCAUUAUGUCAAUCAGAAGACGAGUCUAAAAGGAUCAAGGAAGCAGUUAAUGCAUCUUCUUUUGGAAGUGAAUUUGUUCAUGCUGCCCUCUCAAUUGACAAAAAGGUAACACUGAUUCACUUAGAGGACAGACCUCGAUCUGGGGUUUCUAAUGUCAUAAAGGAGUUGCAAGAUGAAGCAAACUUCCGCGUGAUGAUGUUAACUGGUGACCAUGAGUCCAGCGCAAGGAGAGUUGCAAGUUCUGUCGGCAUCAAUGAGGUUUAUUGCAACCUGAAGCCUGAAGAUAAGUUGAGUCAUGUGAAGGACAUCUCGAGGGAUAUGGGGGGAGGCCUAAUCAUGGUUGGCGAGGGGAUUAAUGAUGCCCCAGCACUUGCUGCUGCAACAGUAGGAAUUGUCCUUGCUCAUCGUGCUAGUGCAACUGCCAUAGCAGUUGCAGAUGUGCUGUUGCUUCGGGAAAAUAUUUCUGCAGUACCAUUUUGUAUUGCGAAGUCUCGCCAAACAACUUCACUGAUUAAACAAAACGUGGCUCUGGCAUUGUCCAGCAUUUUCAUGGCGUCUCUUCCGUCGGUCUUGGGAUUUUUGCCCUUGUGGUUAACGGUUCUGUUACAUGAAGGUGGAACCCUGCUUGUUUGUCUGAAUUCCGUACGAGGUUUGCAUGAACCAGCUUGGUCGUGGAGGCAGGAUAUGCUGCAUUUGAUAAAGAAGAUAAAAUCUAGACUUCUUUCACUCACGACAAACAACACUAACCCGAGCACCUUGGACGCCGCAAAUUUGUGACCAAGCGUUUUCAGGUUUUGGCUGUAAGUAGAGUACUGCUGAUUGUUAGAUAGUAUGUAUAUUGAGAAAUAGGCCAACUUUUUUAUUAGUAGCCAUUUUUUAUUAUCUCGCAGAUGUAAACAUUCUCGAUCAUUUCGAAACGAGCCUCUCUCUCUCUCUCUCUC